AUGGUCCGCCGCCGCCCAACCUGGCGCGACCGCAUCUUCGAGCCCGCCUCCCUGCCCGCCUCCCCCUUCCCCCCUGCAUCUCCCGAGCGCCCCAUCACCCUCGCCCAAAUGGCCGCCACCGUCGCCCCCUGCGCAACCGAUUCACGCUACCAUCUGCUAUCCUGCGGCCACAAAAUCCACACCACCACGACCCUCUCCUGCGGCACCAACUGCAAGCACCCGGCCACUGAGGCGGAGUUCUUCUGCGCACGCUGCUUCACUGAGCCACUCGAGGAGUCCAUGUCCGCGGAUCUAGUCAGCGCGCGGCUCGCGCGGGCGAUUGCGGAUGACUGCGGUCCGUACAAGAAGCGGGAGUGUGAAGCGGUGCCGGACAGGGAAGAGGUUGUGGACCUUCUUGCUGACAUGUUUGGGAAGGACUAUGACGAAGCGGUGAAGGAGGAGGAGGCGAAAGAGGAGAAGAAGGAGAGGAAGCGCCCGGGGGGCAAGCCGGUCACGCCGUCUAUGCGCGAGUCUACUGUGAAGGGAGAGGAGAAGGAGGGGAAGGAGAGGAAGCGCCCGGGUCGUGGCAGUGCGGUGAUGCUGAAGCGUCGAGAUCGUUCUGCUUCACCUGUGGGUGAGAGCUCUCGACGACGUCGGUCUCGCUCCCCGCUCCCAAGACGCGCGGAAAACGAGUAG